GCCCCCUUGCCACGGUCCACCUGCCCGCCGUGGGUUAAGGCGGGGAGGCCUGAGAGCCGGGCAAGGGCUGUCGCACAUGCGCCUUGAGGGAAGAUGGCACCUGCCGGCUGCUGCUGCUGCUGCUUCUGGGGCGGCGCUGUGGCCGCGGCGGGCGCCGCCCGGCGUGUCCUGCUGCUGCUGCUGCUGGGGGUCCUGUCCGCCGGGCCGCGGCCGGGCGCCCUGGCCACCGAGCACUACUCGCCGCUCUCCCUGCUCAAGCAGGAGCUGCAGCACCGGCAGCAGCAGGAGGCCCCGGCGGGCGGCGGCGGCUGCAGCCCGCAGUCCGGGGACUGGGGGGACCAGUACUCUGCCGAGUGCGGCGAGUCAUCCUUUUUGAACUUCCAUGACUCAGACUGUGAACCCAAGGGAUCAUCACCCUGUGACUCCUUGCUUUCCCUCAACACUGAAAAGAUUCUGAGCCAGGCCAAGUCUAUUGCAGAACAGAAGAGAUUCCCAUUUGCCACUGAUAAUGACAGCACAAAUGAAGAGUUAGCUAUUGCUUAUGUCUUGAUUGGCAGUGGUCUGUAUGAUGAAGCAAUACGGCAUUUUUCAACAAUGCUUCAGGAGGAGCCUGAUCUGGUUAGUGCAAUUUAUGGCCGAGGGAUAGCCUAUGGAAAGAAGGGACUACAUGACAUUAAGAAUGCUGAGCUUGCUCUGUUCGAACUGAGCCGAGUAAUUACCUUGGAACCAGAUCGUCCAGAGGUAUUUGAGCAGCGAGCAGAAAUUCUGUCCCCUCUGGGACGAAUUAAUGAAGCAGUGAAUGACCUCACUAAAGCUAUCCAACUGCAGCCCUCAGCACGGCUGUACAGACAUCGGGGAACCCUGUACUUCAUAUCAGAGGACUAUGCAACAGCCCAUGAAGACUUUCAGCAGUCCUUAGAACUGAACAAAAACCAGCCUAUAGCUAUGCUAUACAAAGGUUUAACUUUCUUUCACAGAGGACUUCUGAAGGAAGCUAUUGAAUCCUUCAAAGAAGCUUUGAAGCAGAAAGUUGACUUUAUUGAUGCAUAUAAAAGUCUAGGGCAGGCGUAUAGAGAACUGGGCAAUUUUGAAGCAGCCACUGAGAGCUUUCAAAAGGCACUGUUGCUCAACCAAAAUCACGUGCAAACCCUCCAGCUCCGGGGAAUGAUGCUCUACCACCACGGCAGCUUACAGGAAGCCCUUAAGAACUUUAAGCGGUGUCUGCAGCUAGAGCCAUAUAAUGAAGUGUGCCAGUAUAUGAAAGGGCUCAGCCAUGUUGCCAUGGGACAGUUUUAUGAAGGGAUAAAAGCACAAACAAAAGUUAUGCUGAAUGAUCCUCUCCCAGGCCAGAAGGCUAGCCCUGAGUAUCUUAAAGUGAAGUAUCUCCGAGAGUAUUCUCGAUAUCUUCAUGCACACCUUGAUACCCCGCUUACGGAAUAUAACAUUGAUGUGGAUCUGCCUGGAAGCUUUAAGGACCACUGGGCUAAAAAUCUGCCUUUCCUCAUAGAAGACUACGAAGAGCAGCCAGGGUUGCAACCCCACAUAAAAGAUGUGUUACAUCAGAAUUUUGAGAGUUACAAGCCGGAAGUACAGGAGCUGAUUUGUGUGGCUGAUCGUUUGGGAUCCUUGAUGCAAUAUGAAACACCUGGUUUCCUGCCAAACAAGAGAAUACACAGAGCUAUGGGUUUGGCCGCAUUAGAGGUCAUGCAAGCCGUGCAGCGUACAUGGACCAACUCGAAAGUUCGAAUGAAUGGAAAGACACGGUUGAUGCAGUGGAGAGACAUGUUUGACAUUGCAGUUAAAUGGAGAAGGAUUGCCGACCCAGACCAGCCCGUGCUGUGGUUAGAUCAAAUGCCAGCACGAAGUCUUAGCAGAGGUUUUAACAACCACAUCAAUUUAAUCAGGGGUCAGGUGAUCAACAUGAGAUACCUAGAAUAUUUUGAGAAAAUACUUCAUUUUAUUAAAGACAGAAUUCUUGUUUAUCAUGGAGCUAAUAAUCCUAAAGGAUUGCUGGAAGUUCGGGAAGCCCUGGAAAAGGUACACAAAGUAGAAGACCUUCUUCCGAUUAUGAAGCAGUUUAAUACUAAAACGAAGGAUGGGUUCACCGUGAACACAAAAGUUCCCAGCCUUAAAGACCAAGGGAAGGAAUAUGAUGGAUUCACAAUCACCAUUACAGGAGACAAAGUUGGCAAUAUAUUAUUUUCUGUGGAAACUCAAACCACAGAAGAAAGGACACAAUUAUAUCAUGCUGAAAUAGAUGCACUUUAUAAAGAUUUGACAGCAAAAGGAAAAGUAUUGAUUCUUUCAUCAGAAUUUGGGGAGGCUGAUGCUGUCUGCAACUUAAUCUUAUCCUUAGUUUAUUACUUUUAUAAUUUAAUGCCACUCUCUCGAGGAUCCAGUGUAAUCGCUUACUCGGUCAUCGUGGGAGCACUGAUGGCAAGUGGAAAAGAAGUAGCAGGAAAAAUUCCCAAAGGGAAGUUAGUCGACUUUGAAGCUAUGACAGCCCCUGGUUCAGAGGCCUUUAGCAAAGUUGCCAAAAGCUGGAUGAACUUGAAAAGUAUUUCACCUUCUUAUAAGACUCUUCCGUCAGUAUCAGAAACGUUUCCAACGUUAAGAUCGAUGAUUGAGGUGCUAAACACAGACUCUUCUCCACGUUGUCUUAAGAAACUCUAGUUCUGCUGCUGUAUUUAUACAAGUAAAGGGCCGGACCUCUUGCUUCUUAAGUUAUUUUUUAAAACAUGGAAUUAUAAAGAAAUUAGGUCCUCUAUUACUUUUGAUACCAAUUUUUGAUAGGAAUUGAAUACUUGAAAUCAUUUUCUUUACUUUUCUGAACCAUAAUGAAAAUCAUGAAAGAGGCUUUUGGGGGAAAAAGCUACUUGGAGGGAGAGUGUGUGUAUUAGCCAGCAGCCUGUUGGUUUCCACUUAUAAAGUCAUAUAACUCCUUCCUUACAGUAAAAAAAAUUUUCCUCAACAACUAAAAAAUAAUAAUGAAGAGGAACAAAAGCAAAACCAAAUAGGAGUGUUCGUAUUCCUUUAGAGAUUUGGAUAUUUUUCAAAGACUUUCUUUUUACGCACAUUGUGAUAGAGCAUCUUUUGUUGACUCACGUAACCUCCAUGUGUGGGUCCUUCGUUUUAUUAGAACCAUGGAAGAAGGUUCCUGGGCCAUCGGUAUGUGUUGCAGAGCUCACAGCCAGGAACACUUGUUUUGAACAAUGCAGACAGUAUUUGCCAAUGUCCCAAAUGCUGAAUUAUUGAACCAUGUUUUUUUUCCUUUGUUGAAAAAAAUAAACCGGGGUGAUUUCUAUAAAUCACCAGUUUUUGGCAUUGGA